CGUCAACCUGCCACAGCGGAAGUGAAAGCUUCCGAAGAAAUAGUGGCUAGAUAAAUAAGCAUGUUCGGUGUUUUAGUAUUGCACGUUGUAAAUAUUUCCUACUAACAAAAAUGAAUGUUUUUAUGUGCGUCGUGUUGUUUCUCGUAAGUGCCACAGCUGCAAACAAAAGCGGAGACGAUGACUGGGUGCAUUUGCCAAAUAAAUGUGAAGUGUGCAAAUUUCUUAGUAUUGAGAUGAAGUCUGCAUUUGAAGAGACUGGCAAAACAAAAGAAGUGAUUGAAACCAACUACCGCUUCAUGGAUGAUAAAGGUGCACCCCCAAUCAAAUACGUCAAAUCUGAUAUUCGUUUCAUAGAGGUGAUGGAGAACGUUUGCUCAAGGAUUAUGCAGUACAAUCUACACAAAGAUAGAGCUGGAAGUAAUCGCUUCGCAAAGGGUAUGUCUGAGACAUUCUCUACCUUACAUAACCUGGUUAAUAAAGGUGUGAAAGUGGUCAUGGACAUUCCCUAUGAGCUGUGGAACGAGACCAGUGCUGAAGUGGCUGAUCUCAAAAAACAGUGUGAUGUGAUGGUAGAGCAGUAUGAAGAAGUCAUUGAAGACUGGUAUAAAGGCAGCCAGGAGGAAGAUCUCACCACUUACUUGUGUGAAAAACAUGUGCUGAAAGGACAAGACACCGACUGUCUUAAAGAGAAAUGGACUGGGAAAAAGGGAGACACGGCAGCUAUCGCAGAGGACAAGAAGAAAAAGAAAGGCAAAAAGAAAAAGGGAAAAGACAGUGAGGAUGAGCAGAAAAAGGAGAAAAAGGUAAAGAAGAAGAAGAAGAAAAAGUCCAAGCUGACUGACACGGAGACAAGCAAACGGAAAACUGAAGAAGUUGGAUACACCUCAGAUGAGGAGGAGAUCCAGAAGAAAGUUCCUCUUAAUCAGGAUAAAACUGAACUCUGAUAGAUUUCUUUGCUUUUUUUCCCCCAAUGUUUUCUUUCCCUUGAUAUCUAAAUUUACUACUGAUGCCGAAAUGAACAUUGAGUUUUAGUCUAUUAGAAGAAGGUAACGCUGAGGUCCUCAUUCUAGAUCAGAUUUUGCAUGUCACUUGUAAUGUUACACUUACUCCAUCCAGGAACAAGCUAAAAACUAAAAAAAAUGCCAUUUCAAAUUGAAAAAUAGCAGCUAGACCAGUCAAAUCAGAGCUUGGAUUCAAAGGUUUGCUUGUGUUUGUUCUCAUGCUGGUUUCGUGCCGGUAAUAUUGUAAACAAGCUGAAGUUGGCAUGCUGUCGGAAUGAAUUCUGGAAAUCCUUCUUAUGGUUCUCGUUCUAUUCCUCUGACUCAUCUCGCUGAUUUUGUCCCCCUAAAAUUUAGUUUAGGUUUUAAGUAAAAAUUAUAGAUAAUUUUAGAUUGUCUUAUGCCUAAUGUUACUUUUAAUUGCCAUUAAUUUCAUAGAAUAGAUCACUCAUGGAUUCCAAUAAAGAAAUACAUACUUGGAGCUAUUCUCAGUAUUAAAAUUUUACUUGUUUCUGUAUGGGAUCUUUUAUGCUAAAAUUGUAUGUGUUCCAACAAAUGCAUAUUGUGUUUUGUGUUUCAACAUAUGCAUUAAAUGUGAAUUUUUUUUCAAAAAAAUGUUUUUUAUUAUUUAAAAAAAAAAAUUAAGCUUGAAUAUUCUGAACUUGGCAUCUUGUAAAGUCUCUAAAUUUCCCACAUCUCUCAUUUCAGUAAUUCAGUUAAUGGGAGAAACCCUGAGAAAGUAGUUUGCCAUUCCAAGAAGCUGGGACCUUUUCAUUCUUUCUGUUAUCCAAAUAUGGGUGUACCUUUUUUUUUUUUAGCUUGAUCUGUUCAUAUUUGUUUUUGCAUUUGUAGUGUUUAUGUAUGUGAUGUCACUUACAGGGAAUGUUUGAGUUACGUUAUUUUUUUUUUUAUUCUUCAAUAUUUUCUUCAACAUUAUUGUUUACUUAAGAUGUUUAUCUGAUAUCAGGCGUCACUAUUUCCAAAAGCUCUGUGUGUGUAUGAGCUCUUGCAGGUGUUUGUAUGCAUAUUCAGAUUAGUGUUAUUUGGAGUGCAGUGUGGAGUGUGUGUUAAAGUUUUUGGCCUGAGAUUGAGCUGUAUAUGCAAAUGUUGUAAUGGGAUGAACAUGUGCAGGUUUUGUGUUUCUUGGCAGCAGCUCAUUAGCUGAGGCUUUUGAUAAGUGUUUGGUGAGGUGUAGAUGAAUGACGAAUAAAAAAAAGAAAACUGA